UGAAUUACCCACGGUCCACCUUCUCAUCCGGACCAUUCUUAACCCAACUUCCUAUGCUGACUGCUGCUGUGCUGCACAGUUGCACCUACACAGUACACAGUACACCUGCGUCGAUUUAGAGAUCGUGGAGAGCUCAUCCAGUUCUCUUCUUAGCGUUGCUCACUCACAAAUCACAAAUUUAAGUAUGAAAACGGCGAUUAUGAUGAUGAGAGAGAGGGGAAAAUUGGUAUACAAAUUAUACAGAGCACUAACUUUCGUCAUUUCUCCAUUAAUUCAUCUUCAUCUCCAUUUUCGAAGAUUUCGAGGUCUAGAACAUUCCAUUCGUUGGUCUGAACGUCUCGGCUGCCCUUCUCUUCCCCGCCCUCAUGGACCUCUUCUCUGGUUUCACGCCGUUUCUCUAGGGGAAGGGAUGGCAGCGAUUCCAGUGAUUAGACGCUGUUUGGUGGAACGCCCUGAUUUCAACAUACUUAUGACUACUACUACUCUUUCUGCAUUUGAGGUUUUGAAACACCAACUUCCUCCCGCUGUCAUGUAUCAGUUUGCUCCACUAGAUUUACCUGCUGUUGUGAGUGCUUUUCUGAGCUACUGGAAACCAAAUGCUGCUAUUCUCCUCGAGAGUGAAUUGUGGCCAAAUGUUGUAAUGGCUGCCUCAGAAAGUAAGAUAACGUUGUCUUUGCUAAAUGCUCGAAUGUCUGAAAGAUCUUUUAGACGGUGGUCUGCACCUGCAUUGUCUCCACUAAUUGCCUUGAUGCUGUCAAAGUUUUCAUUGAUCGUGCCAUUGAGUACGAGAGAGGCUAUCCACUUUCAGCUACUACAAGCGCCACCAUCUAUAGUCAGCAAUUCUGCUGAUCUGAAAUAUUGUGUUGGAGAAAUUGCGGCUUCAACGAAUGCUGUGAAAGAUAUAGAAGAUUUGCGGAAACAAAUGAGGUAUAGGAGGGUUUGGAUGGCUUCUUCUGUACAUGAAGGAGAACUUGAAGUGAUGCUUCGAGUUCAUGAAACACUGGUCCGAAGCCACUCAGACUUACUGACAGUUAUCAUUCCCCGACAUCCACGACAUGCCUUGGACUUUUGCCAGGCAUCAAAGAAACAAGGAUUGACUGUAGCUGUGAGGUCUGUUGGGGAUAAACUUACAUCAGAAACAAAUAUUUAUGUGGCUGAUACAUUAGGUGAACUGAGAGAGUUCUAUCGGUUGGUUCCCAUUUCGUUAAUUGGGGGGUCUUUCCUACCGACUUUAGCAGGUCAUAAUAUUUCAGAAGCCAUGGUAGCUGGAUGUGCUGUUCUGACAGGUCCUCAUGUUGGUCACUUUACACACAUGGUAUCAGCUAUGCAGAGCUUCAAUCCUUUGUCCAUUCUACAGGUUUCGGGAGAAGCAGAGCUAAUAAAAGUCCUCCAAGAACUCCUAAGUGAUCCCAUUAGUUUGGAAGUUCGGCAAUCAGCUGCAAAACAAGCAUUUUAUGCACUGUCUUGUGGGGUUCUGUCACAAGUGUGGAUACAACUAAAUUGGUUUGUUUUCACAAGGCUUCGUAUUGGAGUGGUGAAGUAGACGUGACAGCAUGAAGCCUUUCUUCUCUACUCAAUGAUGCCACCCUGGUGUCCACAACCUAUUCUCGCUAGCACGAGUUAUGGCAAGUUAUGAUCUUGACUUGCUGUUACAUUCCUAACGAGUUCAUUCCAAACCUAACACAAGGUUGCGACUGCAUGUGGAAGGUUUUGGUAAGUGAGAUUCGGACCCCCUCGUCGAUGAUGGUCAUGAUGUCUUCGAUUUCAAAGGGAUGAUACAACAAAGAUGGGCCCAUGUUAUCAAUCAUCAUGGGCAUGGAGCAAACUCUGCUUGAUCAUCUCUUCCACUCAUAGUCAUUCCUUGGAUAUGGGCUACAUCAUGACCGUCAUAUCAAACCGCCAGCCGCCAGGAGUUCCCAGCUAGCCCAUCACCCCAAAUACCAUGAAGGCAUUGACACUAGCUCUUCUAUUUCAUCCUUGUAGGCUUUUAUCAUGUUCCUUAAAUCUAGCUAUGCAAUUACCUAAGUUUUAGUUUCACUAUGCACAACCUGGUCAAAAGCUCGAUUCUAAUGAAAAACGAGGAAGAUAAGACCUUUCGAAAAAUGAGUCGUCAUGUGGCGUAUGCGCGCAUUAAGUGUGGUUGUCCAUGUGCAAGGACGGUUUGAAACAAUAAUAAAAAGAUCCGGAUUGAAAUCGACAUGAUACAAAUGACAAAAUGAUAUCAAAACAUACUAUGACAAAAUGACAUCAAAGUAGAGUUCAAAUGACAUGAUUUAAAUGAUAAAAAAAACAUUAGAUUUAUGUUAUUAUUCAUGUAGUCCAUGUCAUUUUUGUUUGAAUUUGUUUUAUUAGGUGUCAUAGGUUAUGUGUGAGAUUUUGUUAUUGAAUAAGUUAUGGUGUAAGAGCAUGGUUAAUCAUGAGCGGAUGUUAAAGAAUAAGGGUAGCUUGCAAACUAUUCGAGCUCCACAUGGGCGACACUCUAGAGAUGGCAUGUGGAUGGAGAAGAGAAGCAAGAGAAUCCUUCAAAUACAGAGUAUUCAUAAUUUCGGCCAAUGUGCCAAAAGGUGGGAACAAAUGUAUUUUUCUUUUUUUUUUUUAGUUUCAAUUCAUCAUAUUUCUGAUUUCCUUUGUUAUUUGUACCCAAUCUAAGGAUUAUCAUGGUUGGGGAAAUAUGGGAGGAGAUCG